GAGGAGACGGUGCUGCACUGCCAGAACCCCAACUGCACCGGCGAGAGGAGGGCGGCCAAGGUAUGCCACCACGCGGAGUGUCGGGGGGCGCACCGCAGCAGCCCCCUCAGCCUGUGUGAGCUCUGCGACGGCCUCCUCCAUGGUGCCAUGCACUUUGACGGCCACAUUCGCUUCGACCUGCCCCUGCAAGGCUCCAUCCUGGCCCGCAACAUGUCGACGCGCUCAUGCCCCCCACGCACCAGCCCUGCCUCUGAUGUGGAGGAGGAGGAGGAGGGACCGGUGGAUAGCAGAGGGGAGCGGAGGAGCUCGGCACUGAAGCUGCCGAAGAAGAAGGCUCGGCGCAGGCACACGGACGACCCCAGCAAGGAGUGCUUCACCCUGAAGUUCGACCUCAGCGUUGACAUUGAAGCGGAGAUCGUGCCGGCCGCGAAGAAGAAGUCCCUGGGGGAGGUGCUGCUGCCAGUCUUCGAGAGGAAGGCAAUCGAGCCGGGCAAGGUGGACAUCUACCUGGACCAGUCCCACACGCCGCUCUCCCUCCAGUUCGAGGCAUACCGCUUCGGGGGGCACUACCUGCGGGUGAAAGCCAAGCCUGGGGAUGAGGUGAAGGUGGAGCAGGCAGUGUGGGACGCCAGGUCAGCCAGCCUGCCCAUCCUGCACCCCGUCAGCACUGCCAUGCUCCUCGGGCCGGCGCCGGUGUCGGGCCGCCAGGAGGGUGCUGACAGCCAGGCUCCGGGCCGGCGGAGGAAGAACAUGACGGAGUUCCUGGGGGACGCCAGCAUUCCCAGCCCCGAGCCAGCCCCCCACGGCGGCAGCUCCCUGCCUGCCAAUGGCAGGGUAGGUGGGACGCAGGCACGGGGAGGGGGCACGGGAGCUGCCCACUGCAAUGCUGGGGUGCUGGGAUGGGAGACAGAGAAGCUGGAGCAGCUGGUGAGCCGGCUGCAUGCCUACAGCACCUUUGGGCUGCCCAAGCUGCCGCCGCAGCUCCGCUUCGACCGUGACUCCUGGGAGGAGGACGGGGACGAGGCUGGGCUGGCGUUGGAGGACAGCUGGCAGCAGAUCAUCCGGGGUGCAGAGGCCCUCUCGCGCCGGCAGUGCCACCAGCAGGAAGCCAUCUGGGAGCUGCUGCACACCGAGGCCACCUACAUCCGCAAGCUCAAAGUCAUCACUGACGUAAGUGAUGCCAUCCUCAUGCAGCUGCCUGCCUCACCCCCGCAGGUGGAUGCCGAGCGGCUCUUCAGCAACAUCGGGGAGAUCAUCCGGCUGCACCGCGAGCUGUGGCGCAGUGUCAUGGCCCCGGUGCUGGCCAAGGCGCGCCGGACUGGAGCGCUGCUCGACCCCAUCGACUUCCUCAAUGGCUUCAAGAUGUUUGGGUCCCUCUUCAAGCCCUACGUGCGGUACUGCAUGGAGGAGGAGGGCUGCAUGGAGUACAUGCGGGCGCUGCUGCGGGACAGCGAGCUCUUCCGCGCUUACGUGACGUGGGCCGAGAAGCAUGAGCAGUGCAGCCGCCUGAAGCUGAGCGACAUGCUGGUGAAGCCCCACCAGCGCCUCACCAAGUACCCGCUGCUCCUCAAGUCCGUGCUGAAGAAGACGGAUGACCCGCGCGCCCGUGAUGCUGUCACUGCCAUGAUUGGCUCUGUGGAGCACUUCAUCAACCACAUCAACUCGCGGAUGCGCCAGCGGCAGGGGGGGGGGGGCCCGGCCCUCCUCGACCGCAUCGAUGCCUACGAGGUGGUAGAGGGCAGCACAGAUGAGGUGGACAAGCUGCUGAAGGAGUUCCUGCGGCUGGACCUGACAGCCCCCAUCCCUGGCACCUCCCCGGAGGACACCCGGCAGCUCCUCCUCGAGGGCAGCCUGCGGAUGCGGGAAGGUAAAGACAGCAAGAUGGACGUCUACUGCUUCCUCUUCACUGACCUCUUCCUCAUCACGAAGCCCCUCAAGAAGGCUGAGCGCACCAAGGUGGUCCGGCAGCCCUUGCUGGUGGACAAGGUCGUCUGCCGGGAGCUCAGGGAUCCAGGAUCCUUCCUCCUCAUCUACCUGAACGAGCUGGGGAGUGCCGUGGCCGCCUACACCUUCCAGGCCAGCGGGCAGUCACUGUGCCGCAGCUGGGUCGAGGCAGUGCGCAAUGCCCAGAACCUGCUGCAGCAGCUGCGGCAGCACCGGCGCCUGGAGGAGGAGGAGGAGGACGGCGAGAGUGGUGCCUCAGCUGCCAGUUCACCCACCGUCCUGCACUGCGGCAGCACCAGCCCGGACUCACAGCGGUGCCCCUCCGACGGCUCCACUGAGACCCUCGCCGUGGUGGUGGUGGACGGCGGUGACGAGCUCUCCUCCCCGGACUGGGAUGCGGGGCCCUUCGGCUCAACCUCGGACGGCUCCUCCAUCAGCACCGGCACCUCCGCUGACACCCUCACCUCUGCUGAGACCCCCACCCGGGAGCUGCCCAUGGGCGCCCUGCCCGUACCCCUGCCCCAUGGCGUGGCCCCCCCAGCCAGCGGCUGGGGCCCGGCCCCCCCCCCCCGCGCCCCCCGGCCCCCCGGCCCCCCGGGCGGCGGCCCCCCCCCGCCACUGGCGGCCGACCCGGGCUCCCGGAGCCGGGUAGACCUGGCAGCCGCCUCCGGCUCCGGAGCCGGGUAGACCUGGCGGCCGCCGCCGGCUCCGCCCCAGCUCCUGCCCCCCGGCCCUCCGGCCCCUCUCAGCCAGAGCCACAGCCUCUGCAACCUCUGCGCCGGCCCUCCCCGGACUAGCCAAACUGCCGGCCCCCCGGCUGCCCCUGGCAGCAGCGGCAGCUCCACCUCUGAGCUCUCAGAGCCUGAGGAGCCGGUGGAGACCCCAGCGUCCCUCCCAGGGAAGCUCAGUCGUGACCCCCCACCCGCUGCCCGCCGGACCCUCUCAGACCCGCAGUCGGCACAGCACCGCAAGCUGACGUUGGCACAGCUGUACCGGAUACGGACCACGCUGCUGCUCAACUCCACGCUGACCGCCUCGUAA